AUGCAGUAAGUGACUCCUGCAUAUGUCAGAAAUCUGAAUGGAAUCACACAAGAUUUCUUGUGCCCUGUAAAUGCCAACACUUACAAUAUUCAAUUCUUGAAAUUUAGAAUAAGAGAUAUGGAUUCUGGAUAAACACUAUUUGAGGUUGAGCGAGAUCAAGACGAGGAGUCGAUAGGUAGAGAGUAUGUUGAUGAUGAGGCUAGACGUAUAAAAUAUCAUUUCGGGCCUUAAUUUUUUGAAUUAAAGACUGUGGGUGCUUAAUUGACUUUUUCAGUGGGCAACAAACCUGUCAAAAACUUUACAAUAAUAGAGAGACAUUAUUUCAAAGAACAUUUAUUGAGAAGCUAUGAAUUUCAAUUUCCCUUUUGCAUCCCCAACUCAACGAACACUUGGGAACACAUCUACACAAUUCCAGAGAUAGACGAGGCAAUGAGACAGGAAAUGAUAAACAAUCCAUUCUAGACAAAAUCAGAUAGUUUUUAUUUUGUGGGAGAGCAACUCGUGAUGCAUAACAAGGCAGAAUAUGACUAUUCACCUUUUGAUUGA